GGAUCCCAGGUAGAAUUCCAUGAAGCGAUCUAUCCGCUUUAUUUGGCCAGCAAAAUCUGAACAGUUACUCGUCUCCCGUCUAUUGGAAGUUCAUCUAGUGUAACACGUAUUUUAAAAUUUUAUUUUAAACUAUAAAUUUUCACAUUCAAUAUUUUAAACAAUUAUUAAUCUACACUUCUGAGAUCCCAACAAGUGCCAAAACUUCUCGUUUCUAUUGUGAAAACAAUAAUAAAAACCCGAGUCGAACAUUUUUUUUUGUAUUUUGAUUCAUAAAAAAUUGGUAAUUUCAUGAGUUAUGAUUUUACUUUAACAUAACAUUGAUUAAUUAACUUCGAUAUUUGUAAUCACAAUUGUUAGAACUUCGAUAUGAUAAAAUAUAUGAACAGAUAUAAAUAUAUAGUGUUAAAGAUAUGUUGAAUAAGUUAAAACCGGUCAAAUUAAGUUUUUAAUGUCCAAAACGGUAAGAACAUUCAAUUUACGUCUAUUGUUUUGACUCGGGAGUACGUGUCACAAGUCUACAUCAGAAAUACAAAAAUAGAAAAUGCGAAAAUCAAGAAAGCAAAGGUCAAGAAUACGACAAUCAAGAAAACAAAAACUGAAAAUGAGAAAAACAAGCAUAGGAAAAUCAAAAUGCGGAGAUUCAGCCAGACUAUUCCAGAAUCUCAUCUCCUUUAUAGAAUUUCGAAAAGUCGAAAAUGUAACAAAUAUUAAGAUCAAUGGCACUUACCGACAUUACGGAACUCCUCUACAUAUGGCCGCGCAAAUCGGGAGUUAUUAUGUAUUUAAAAAGUUGAUAAAAAUCGGUGGUGAUAUACACAAACGGAUACCAAAAACUCAAAAAACGAUAUUACAUAGCGCUUUGCGAUCCUCCAAUUACAAGAUCAUCAAGUAUUUGAUAGAAAAUGGCAUAGAUGUUAAUGUUGCGUUGGAAAACCAUGGUGACACUACUGGAGAAACUGCAUUGCACCUUGCUGCUACGACAGGAACAAAGGAAGUUAUAAAAUUAUUAUUAGAUAACAAUGCUGAUAUCAAUGCUAAAAAUAUAAAAGGAAUCACUCCAAUUAUCAGAGCUGUUCAAGCUCACAACUACGGUGCCAUGGAUACAUUAAUAAAAUAUUCACCUGAUCUUUUUUGCACAUAUGAAGAAAAUGGUGUUACUAAAACAAUUUUUCAUGCAGCUGUUGAUUUUAAUAACUUGAAAGUGUUAUUUGAUUGGUUAUAUUUAUUCGCUGACACGGUUGAUGUUAGUAAUAGCUAUAAUAAUUUUUUUUCAUUUUUUGAAUCUCAACGGUUACUUCAUUACGCUCUCAUCAGGUCUAUCGAGGCCGAUGAACUAAUUAUUUCACUUCUGCUUGGUGUCUGUGUUGAUGUUAAUGCUCUGGAUUCUAAGGAUAAGUUAGCUAUCGAGUAUGAAUCCACAUCAGAAUGUAAUUUACGUUGUAUUUCAGCUAUUAAGAAACACAUUGUAGAAUUAAUUGCAGCGGGUUUUUAUGUCUGUGAUCGAAAUAUUACAGCCGUUAGUAAUAUGAAACGAUUUGAUCGUUAUUUAGUUGAGUGUCAAUUAGAAGUUGAACGAAUGAAAAAAAAUUAUAUAGAAGGCAGUAAUAUUACAUUUAUAGAGGUUUUACAAAAAAAUGAGCGAUACUUGGCACCGCGUUUGAAGUCUGUUAAUUUGAAAAAUAUAGUCGAAUGUGAAAUUCUAUUUUUAGAGUAUCCAUUAUAUGAAUUUAAAAUUUUCCAGAAAUUGCGGAAAACUAUGAAAAGAGUAACUUACAUAAAAGAUUCUGAGGAAGUUAUUCUAAAUAUUUUUCAUGAAUUACAUCUUCCAGAUACUUUUAUCGAAGAAUUGUAUUUCUACUUGUCAAAUAAUGAUUUAGAAAAUAUAAUUCCACCCUCUACACGGAAAAAAUAUGGGCUAAUUAUAGAAGAAAUGUAUAUAUAGAAUAAAGUUUAUAUAUAAUCAAUAACCACAGUAUUAAAUGCCCGAUAGAAAAUAAUUUUGUAUAAUUACAUAUGAUUUUACAGAUAAUCAGGUCUAAAAAUUUGCCAGAUCUGAUCAUAUAUAAUUAUAUAUAAUCAUGCAUGAAUGAAUAUAAUAAUUUAUAAAAUUUCAUUUAAGUGUGUUGAUCGUAAGAUACAA